GAGAGAGCUGUAGACCUGAGUGCAAACUGCCCGCUUCCCUGGGCUACUUUUAAACCCUUGUGUGAGCUUUGUAUUGAUAUAAUAUUUUAUACCCUCUGUGCCUCGGCUUGGAAAAGCCCACUGGACUAGUCCAGAUGGAUGCAAUUCUGAACUGCAGACCAGAUGACUGGGAAGAUUACUACAACUUGCUAGGAUGCGAUGAACUAUCUACGGUGGAACAAAUUCUUGCAGAAUUUAAGAUUAAAGCCCUUGAAUGUCACCCUGACAAACAUCCUGGAAACCCCAAAGCAGUGGAGAACUUCCAGAAGCUGCAGCAAGCUAAGGAGAUUCUUACUAAUGAGGAGAGUCGAGCGCGUUAUGAUUACUGGCGACGAAGCAAAAUUACCGUUCCGUUCCAGCAAUGGGAGGCCCUGAGCAAUUCUGUGAAAGUGUCAAUGCACUGGGCUGUCCAAAGUAAGAAGGACCAAAUGCUGGAAGGUCCAGACUUGAAUAAUAGCAACAACAUAACCAAUGAGAUUUGGACCCAACAGACUGAGAAUAAUGAAGACGGAUUGUCAGAUGGGAACAGGGAGCAAGAAGAUGUUGCAAUUCCUGACGUGAAACCACAGUCUUCAAAGAAUCCAGACUCCCCGAGAUUUUCGGAGGCAAAUUACUGGCACUUGCGUUUCCGCUGGUCAGGGGAUGCUCCAUCAGAGCUUCUGAGGAAAUUCAGAAACUAUGAGAUCUAAAAUGCAAAAUAUACAUGAGCAUGAGAUCAUCUGUUCAACUAUUCAGUAUUUUUUUUUGUCAGCAGUUAUAAGUUAUUUGUAUUUUGUAUUCAUUCAUUGUGAUGUGAAUGUUGUUUGAAUAAAUGU